AUUGGUGAUCUACUGCUACUAGACAUGGAAGCCCGUUAGGCGAAAGCUUUUAUGUCGCAAAACUAUUUGAACCAUUGGAUUUCGUGAUGGAGGGAAUUUAAGCCUGUGUGUCACAGUCAACAUGAUUCGUAAUGUGUUUGGCCGUUCAACUUGUCGACUUUCCAGGGUAUAUGCUAGCAGUCGUGAUUACACAUCACGAGCACCUAUAAAUAUAGGGAUAUUGAUCGUUCCAGAGAAAGAAGCAUGGGUUAUUGAAAGGUUAGGAAAAUUCCACAGGACACUGGAACCAGGACUCAAUUUUUGUAUACCCAUUCUAGAUCGCGUCGCUUAUGUACAGUCAUUGAAAGAAGUGGCCAUUGAAAUUCCAGAUCAGUCAGCCAUUACAUCAGAUAAUGUCGUUUUACAAUUGAACGGUGUUCUAUUCCUUAAGGUCAAAAAUCCUUAUUUGGCAUCAUAUGGGGUGUCCGAGGCUGAAUUUGCAAUUACCCAGUUAGCUCAAACAAUUAUGCGAUCAGAAAUCGGGAAGAUAAUUCUGGAUAAUGUUUUUAAAGAACGAGAGGCAUUGAAUUUUCAAAUCGUACAAGCUUUAGGCAAAGCAUCAGAGCCUUGGGGUAUUGAGUGUUUGCGUUAUGAAAUUCGCGAUGUUCAGGUGCCACAAAAAAUCAAAGAAGCUAUGCAAAUGCAAGUUGAAGCAGAACGAAAAAAGCGUGCAUCCAUUUUAGAGUCAGAAGGACAACGUGAGGCUGCUAUUAAUCGAGCUGAGGGUUUAAAACGUAGCCAGGUAUUAGAGUCAGAAGGUCACCAGAUUCAAAUUGUAAAUAAAGCUUCAGGUAAGUGUUCAGUUUUCGUUAUUACUGUGCUGCUCAUUUUGCACUAAAGAUUUCACAAAUAUUUAUCCGAAAAACGAACACUGCUAAUACCAUCGUAAUUGAAGUCAUUGUUCCCAAGACAUAUCUGAUUUGUUGAGAUAACGAGUUUCAUAGUUUCUAAAACUUUAGUUGAAUGCUGCAUAAUCGUCAUAAUAUUCUGCCCGGUUCAACUGUUACGUACGCUCAUAACAAUUGAGCACCCUGAUUGCGGAAAUGGGACGACAAUCACGACAUAGGCUUUGAAUAUACAGCUAGGGCUCAGUGGUAGCGUCUCUGACUGUGAAGCUGGGUGACACGAGAUUGAAUCCGCCAGGGAGAACCAGUUCCCUCAAGAUUACAGGUACACCUUGCUGACGAGUGCCAAAUAGCACGAAACCCGGAUCCAGGGUUUCCUGUCGACUACCUCCAACCACCAUCUAAUCUCAAUAUAUAGUGCCCGCAGUGUCGAGUCACCUAGACUGGUGGCCACAUUGCAACAUGAUCGAUAGCAUUCGAUCUGCACUAAUAAGGACUAGACACGCAUGAGAUUGAUCACCACCCAGUGAUCAAUCAAUUGUAUUUGUAUGUGACCGAACUAACACAGACAGGGAAACGUUGAUGGACUCGAGACUGGCUAUUCAAGGAAGUGAUCUAUUUCGGUUUAAUGGCCCAAAUACUGUUUCUGCAUCACACCAAUCACGAUAACUACUAAUUAGAGAAGCUAAAAUUACGAAUCACUCACCUUACAGACUACAGUGUUUCGUUUCAUACUGUGUUAAAUUUGUGCUGUUCCAAUCCCAUUGUGCUUAUAUUUUUGAUAUCAGUCUUAAUCUUCCAUUUACCACUUCGUUUAUAUUACAUAUCCCAUUCUAUCUAAAUGAUUUCAAUUCGCUAUAUGGUUGUCUUGGGAGUUGUCAUCGAACGUCAUAUCUGAAGCAGUUAUUUAAUAUUCUAACCUUAAUAUCGAUCGCACAACGGGCUUAUGAUUGGUUCUGUAUCCUAUAGAUCCGUGCUAAAGAUUUCGGUGAAGUGUUUUCGAUUCGUAAUGUACUUGUAGAUUUGUAAAUGCGUUCUGUUUUCACUUUUUCGGCGACUUACACUGAAUUCCAGUCUUGUCAGCGUGUAUCAUUAAGCUGUACUAAUGAGUUUUCUCCCCACUUAUUGUUGCUCAUGUUCUUCUAGCACGAAAGUAACUGCCCAAUAAAAUGGUGUUUCCACGUUAUUUCUCCUUACGUUUCGAUGGACUUCAGCUUAAAUCUAGCCAAAGUUGAGUUCUACCAUCAGCUGUAUAAAAUGUAGUCAACGUUUUGUAUUGUCUUUUGAAAUUUGUGCAGCAUUGGGAGUUGACUAAUAACGGCCAUCAAAACGAAUAAUGUACGUAGCAUAUAAACUAUCUUGAUGAAAUCCCAUCACAAAGAUAAAGGAACGUGUUUUUGGAAGUAGUAAAGAUUAUCAUUCUAAAACAUCUUGAUACUCUAUGGUUCCAGGAUUUUUUUUAUUCUAUAUUAAACGGAAGAAUGUUGAUUUGAUUUUCCCUCUUAAUGUUUAGGUGAAGCUGAAGCUAUCCAACGUCUAGCAGAAGCUCGAGCUCAGUCUAUCCAAACCAUUGCCCGUGCAAUCGGUACUAAGCGUGGGGCAGAUGCAGUACAGCUUACAGUAGCUGAACAGUACAUAGAAGCUUUCAGUGCUUUAGCGAAGACAACUAAUACAGUAUUAUUACCAUCUCACAGUGGUGAUGUUGCGUCAAUGGUUACUCAAGUGAGUUUAAUCAAUCUUGGAAUUUGUCCACAUUUCUUACAAUGUCAAAACGACGUUAGUUCAAUUUAUUACUCGCUAUAAGCUUUAGCCUAACCUUUCAAAAAUGUAUUUUACUUUCUGGUCACCAUCUUUAUAUUCGGUGUUGUGUGGUCCGUCUACUGGACCAUUCAGACCAAAGAAUACACCCCCUCCAAAAUGCUCAUUCUGAUCUAUUUUUGGAAGUGUUUGAGUGAGUUGAAAAAAGUCAUGUCUGAUUUAGUUCUCUUGUUUCCUUAAGCGUUUAUGCCUACUGAUUUAAGUCUUUGUUUUUCUAGUUUAUGCUUGUGUUUUUUUGACAAUCUCCUCGUUGACCAUAUAUUUGAUCUGAUUAGUUUCCUUAAUACAGAUUGAAAUAAAUAUUUUCUGUUAACUAUCAUCAUUAGCCGCCUUUGGAUCUACUGACUUGGAUACUGGCAUUCAGUUAUAAGUUUCUGGAUGCAUUGAAGAAGCAGCUUUGAUGGGCGACCUACACACAUGGUUAUACAGGACCUGGAAAACUGGUACAAACAAGUACAAUUGGUCAUUAGUAGUAACCUGUCUUUUAUGCAGAAGCCUAUAAACAGGCUAUUAGAGUAGUUUAUGUAGAGAUUUGCUGCAUGGAAUGUUUUUUGAAUUGAUCUUUUCAGAUAAUUUUCAAGUAUGUCAUUAGAAAUGUCUUUCUCAAAUUGAAAUUUUAAAAAAGUGUUGGAUUUGGUUGGCUUCAGUCAGUCAUAUGCAAUGUAAAAGAAGCUGACAAAUUUGUGCAUCAGUUAAAAUGUAGUGAACACGAACACGAGUGGAUUAAUCGAAUGUAUUUGAGCACAAAUAAACAGAACAUCUCACUAAAAUCUGAGAACCAUAUAGUAAAUAGUUAAUUUACAAAAUAUCAAUCCAUCGUUUCAAACUUGACUGUUCCUUUCGCAAAUAUCAGUCCAUUGUCUCAAAUUUCAUCGUUCAUACAUUUUCAUACCAAUUGCUUUCCGUUUCCGUUCUUCCCUUAUCGAUCUACUGAAACACAUCUUAUGCCUGACCACCGUUACAUACUACUUAUGUGGAUAUAAGUAACCCACACCACAAAAAUGGCUUUAUCAUAUCAGCACAACUAGAUGAAAUUAUCAAGAGAAAUGCCAAUAUAGUAACGGUGUUAGUUAUAGUAGAAAGGACUAGACACAGACAAUACAAGUCGAGGAGAAAAUGAAAUCAUUGGAUAGAAACGUAUAAGAUUCGUUCUUGGUUAGUUCGUUCUCCAAUUAUUCUAAUGAACAAAUUUCAUGAUAUAUCUAAAGUAUAAUGGAUGAAUAACAUAUCAUUGCCUUGUUAUCAGAACCAAACUCGAUAACUCUGUUAGUUGUUCAUUCUAUGUUACUUUUCUGUUUAUAUAAACAUUUUGAGUAUUCAGAUAUUUCUUUUAGUAUGUAAGUGUUAAGAAAUGGUAUUUUUAAUUCAGCUUCUUGCGUAACUGUAAAGUUUGAUGGUAAGUGAAAAUUAUUAAAAGACUUCUGGCAUCAUAGCUGAUGUGAUUUAGUAAAUCUUCAUGAAACUUGUUCCAACUAUACUACUUACAUAGCUCUACAGAUUACAUCGCAUUUCAUUCUAUAUGAAUCAGAUCUACACCCAGCUUCCGAAACCAAAAUAGGUGAAUUAGGGUUCAAAUCUACGAUUUAAUGGUUAAAAGUUGAAUUAUUUGACUACUAAAGUGAUCUCUUCACACUUAAAUUAAAUAUUUUGUGUAGAGAAAUAACAUUACUCUUUAUUCAAUAUGUCAGUAGUGCAGAUCUUCAAUUAUGUACUGUAUUUAUUCAGUAUAGCUCAUGGUGUAUCUGGAAAUAUACCAGACAGUAUUGUCGUAAUUUUUCAAGUGUUUCGUUUUUUUUGAAUUUUCUUUCACAGUAGAAAAUGUGUUAUUACUGAGAUUGUCUUCUUUUCUCUCUCUUUCGCUUUUUCCAUUUACCAUCAUUAAUUUUAGGCAUUGACUAUAUUUAAAAGUUUAGAUCAACCGAAAAGCAACAUCGGUAAUGAUAUUGAUGGUGGAUGUAAUGAUAAAUCUUGUUCAGAAGUAGUAGCUGACCAACAGUCAAAUCCCAAUAUUCUUAAUAAAAAUGAUGGCGAUAAACGAGAAUACGAAACCAUUGCACAUCCUAUCAAAUCCAGAUUAUUGUCAAAAACCAAUUCAACAGACCAUUCAACGCUACAUACAGAAAAUAAUGAAUCUAAUGGUUUUUCAAAACAAUUUUGAAAAGAACCUACGACAAAUACGAAAGAAUAAAGCCAUUAUUGUAAAAAAAAAGACCAGACAUGUUUAGAGGAUACAAGGAAUUCAUACAUUUUUUAUUACAAAGUGUUCAUAGAAUUAGAGAGAUACGUUGGUGUAAAGUGGCUAAAUACAUAUGUCCUAGUUGUUUUGGUUUUUCCACUAUGUAUAUUGUUGCUCAUUGUUUUCUCCAGUAUAAUCGGACUACUAUGACGUGAAUAAAAUAUAUAUCCUGUUUGAUUUU